UCUGAGCGAAAGAGAAGAGGGAAGAAGAGGGCAAAAGCAAAACCCCGUAAUCCUGCGCAAUUAAUAUAGCAACAUUUCUUGUUUGUACUGGCUUUUCCUUUUUCGAUGCUUGGCUGUUCCACAUAAUAAUUCCUCUGGUUUUUUAAUUGCUUUUCAAUUAUUCGCUUGUGGGUCUGCUCUGCUGCUAAAAGGAUUUCUUCUUCAUUCUCGAAGAAAGGGAUAAUAUAGAUAAUUCGUAACUGCGAAGAAGGGAGGAAGAAUGAAGGGUCACGAACCAAAGGUGGCGAGAAUGGAGGACAUACUAAACCUUCCAGUGCAGGACCCUCCAUACGCCGAAUUCUCCGCAGUUCAUAUAAAUUGGGUUAAGGUUGACGGCGGGCGGCAAGGAGGCGACGACAUUGCCCUUAUUCCUUUCUCGAGAGUGGAUGAUUUUGUGAAAGGCGAGUCCAGCAAUGCCGAGUGCCCUGCUAGCUUCCGCGUCGAAUCAAGGCGGAAGAGAGCAGAGGGGAGUCUCAACAGACCUAGAGUGGAUGGAUACCUUGAGUAUACACUGUAUUGGUGCUCAUAUGGUCCUGAAGAUUACCGCGACGUCGAACCACAAAUCGGCGAAAUCUCGAGCAGUAAACCUGCCACCGGCAAGGGGAGUCGGCCGGGGAGACGGCAUAUGAUGAGGGGAUGUCUUUGUCACUUCACAGUGAAGCGACUGUACACUCGACCAUUGCUCGCACUCAUCAUCUACAAUCAGAGGAGUCACGUCGACAAGACGGGAGCUCCUUGCCAUGGAAUUCGUGAUCAGGAAGCUGUGGGGACGAGAGCUAUGUAUGCGCCUCGGCUAUCCGAGGAGCUGCGCCAGAAGGUGAUGUCCAUGCUACACGUCGGGAUAUCUUUAGAUGCCAUAGUCCAGCAUCACAUGGAAGAAGUGCAGAGGCACGGAGGGCCUCACAGCCGCGAUGAUUUCCUUACUCGCAACGACGUGCGCAACAUGGAAAGGAUUAUAAGGAACUCCUCCCAUGAACUGCACUCGAACGACCUCUGCAGUGUUAAGAUGUGGGCGCAUCGGCACCAGAAGCAUGUGUUUUACUUCCAGGAGAUCUCUGGUUCUGACCCUUUCGUGUUAGGGAUACAGACGGAUUGGCAGCUGCAGCAGAUGCUUGGGUAUGGGCACAGCGGAGCCAUAGCUUUUCACUCGGCGACUAGCACUAAGAAGCUUAAGUAUACUCUAUGCUCCCUACUGGCGUUUGACUUGUCGCAGAAUGCGAUUCCUGUCGCCUGGAUAAUAACUUCUUCGUCCUUGAGUCAAAUUCUUCGUAAAUGGAUGCCGGCACUUCUUGAAAAGAUACGCGGCAAGGACACGAGGUGGAGGCCUAAUGCGAUUCUAAUGGACGACCCCCUUCUUGAGGCUUCGUUGAUUCGAGAAGCUUUCCAGUGCCGGGUUUUGAUAUGCCUCUGGCACGUUCGCCGUGGCUGGCUUAAAGCUAUAUUAAAACUUUGCGACAAUUUUGAGGUGCAAAGAGAGAUGUUUAGGCACCUCGGCAGAAUUCUCUACUGCACGAGGAACGGGUCGAGCAAUGAGGCUUUCGAAGAGUUCAUGCAAAUAUACAUCGACCAGUCCUCAUUCAUCGAACUUUUUAGAUCUAAAUGGUUGCCGAAAAUGGGUAUGCUUUGAUCUUUCUUUGGCGCUUAUUUGGAAGACGCGGUCAACAUUUUGAUGUUUUUAUACUGUCUAGCAGAAUUUUGGAUCAACUGUGUCAGGACUCUCCCGGCGGCGAGCCAAGAACCGUAUGCUUCAAUCGAAUCCUAUCACUUACGAUUGAAAUCCCGGGUUCUUAGCUCGUUGCCUGCGUAUUCGAAUCAGAGAGUCGA